AUUUAAGUUUAAUUUUGAAUAUGGGUACAAGCACAAUGGGUAGCGAUUUGCAUUCAGAUAAACAGGACAAGAUGUUAAAGUUGCAAGCUCGAAAGAAGGAACUGGAGCAAAUGUUGGCAUCUAAAAAUGAAGAGUUGUACAAACUUUGCGUUCAAGAAGUACAACUAACUGGUAUUAUGCCUCCUGAAGCGCCACUGAGUCCCGAAAUAUCUAGAGACAGGCUCGGAAGUAUAAAGAGCGUCGAGAGAUCUACGGAUGGAAAUGACGUUCAAGACGGAUUAGACAACAAUUCUCGUCGACUUAGAAUAGAAAGAAAUGCUGAUAUAGACCAGAAUUUGCGUAAAAAUCUUUCGCAUCGCCUGUCCACACCCUCAAUAUCAGGUAUAUCGACGAAAAGCGCUCACUCGCGGCAUGUGCGUCGUCCUGAAACGAGUUGUUCAAAUUUUUUCCCGUCGCCUCCUCAAGAACGAAAUCCUGAUACAUUUUCGAUCCAUGCGUCUUAUACGUACCCAGCGUUGUCUAACCGACUUGAAGGUACUUCAGAAAAUGUAGAUGUCCAACAACAGCAUAUGUAUAGACACCACACUAUGACCAAUGAGUACAUGAACAAGAUUUACUACAGCAAUGCUCCAGAAACUCAUAAUGUGUCAAGGUUAAGAGAAACUCACUUUAGCUCCAGUCACCCUGACAUUACUACCCAUUACACGCAUGGAGGUCUGGCAACACACUCUAUCCAACAAAAUGGUGUUCGCAACUCUCCUUUAUUGUACCAGUAUGCGUCUCAACUAAAAGCGCAAAGUCAGCAUUUAGGUGGACUUCAUCACCACGCCAUUCAGUCUCAGACUAAGAGGCGCCCAGAAGGUGUCCGUCGCAACACAUUGCAGAGAACACAGACAUACCACCUUACAUCUCACAGUGACUAUAAUCACCACUUAGAGAAUGUUGCUGAUAGUUAUAGACCACCAGCCCAAAUAUUUCAGCAUCGAUCACAACCAGAUAUUCAAGAACAACCAAGUGAUAGAAUUCAUAUCCCAAAUGAACGAGUUGCCCAAGUACCUAACACAUUGCCAUUGCGUGAACGCAAUGUAAUAAGAAAUCCUGCACAUAUGCAGCUGCAAGUGUCUACCGAUGAUUAUAUUAGGGAAGACCGAAGAACAUAUCCAGAUGCUAUGAGCCCUGUCAGUCAAAUGUCUGGUUAUUCGCAGAGUAAUUUUGAUUCUGUUAGUAUCAAUAAAUUCUCACCACUUUCACAAACAGACAGUAAGGUUAAAGAGAAGCAGUGGUAUGAAACUUCUUUAGAUUCGCCGACUAAAGAUGUUCCUGUUCUUAAAAAGACUUCCAGCCUCAAGAGAACAUCUAGUAUUGGUAACUCUCAAACGUACGAGAUAAUGAUAUCAACCGGAAGGCAUUCAGCAAUGCAGAGUCCCAAUCAAGUGCCUCAAAGUCCUCCUGUACUUUCACCCAGUGGCGUCUCUCUAGAAUCUCCAAAAAAUCUUACUGUAAUAGAGCAGGGUAAAUGUAUCCCUUAUAGGGAGGAGACAAAGCCAUUUGAAAUGUCCGACUUUUACAAAUACUCUACAAAAUUCAGACAAGCGAACGCUCAAAAAGGCCCAGCACCAAACCCAGUCCCAAGCACAGGUUUUAAUAAAUUGCCAAUGGAACUGCCUCAAUAUGCACAAGAUCAUUGGCAUGGGCAAACCAACUGAUGUCUUGAUUUAAGCAUAUUCAAAAGAGAUGCAGCUAAACUGAAACUAAUAAUUUGCUUCAAUAUUUAUUUAUAGGUUUCGAUUCAAACAAUGUAGUCUAACUUAAUUUAAAUUUGUUCUUACUUGGUAGUUUUUUUAUAAUUUUAGUUUUCUUUGUGGCUUGGGGUGGUGAUGAAAUUUAUUUUGCUCCAAUAGCCAAAUAAUGUGUUGUUUUUACUGUUAUAAGGUUUUCAAUGAAACACUGAUUGUGAGAUUAAUUUCAAUAACUUUUAGUUUUUUUGUACAAGCAUUUGUACACAAUAGGAUGCAUUUUCUGGAAAGUUUGGAGAGGCCAAAAGAGUUAGACAAAGUCUAUGAUUUUAUUUCUAAAGUGCUCCUUAUUCCGCCACAAGUUUUCAUGGACGUGUACAUUAACGUGACUCCAAAAUAAUUUUAUUGCAACUCCAGGAAUUUUAUAGAUUUAAAUGUUAGAAUUAGGUACUUAUAUCUCAAAACCUUUCUAAAACUAUUAUGUGUAUUGACUAGAUCUCUUUUUGUAUACAAAUAUGCUUUAUAUUACUUAUUUUUACAUUUGCUUGUAAGUACAUUUCAUGUACACACAAACCUGAUGUCCUAUUUUUUAACAACCUGCUUUAUGAGAUAUUGAAUUGAUGAAUUUAAGUACUAUGAUAAUAAAUAAUUUUAAUAUUUUAAUUUUCUCAACACUAGAGAAAGCAUAUUUGAAAUGU